UAUAAUUACAUGGGUUAUGAUUUGAAUGAUGAUGCAGAUAAAGGUGAAUAAGGUGUUUCUGCGGUAACUCAAGCUAUUUCCCUGGUGCAAUCUCAGAUAAGCUGGGUUAAAAGUACCCCAACUUGUUUCCCAACUGUCAUAUAAUAAUCGAUCUAUUGCCUCGGGCAGGUGCCAAAAGAUGAUCGACUGGGUGUCGAUCGUUCGGGGCUCCAGCCGCCGGCUGUCCAAUCGCAUCCCGGCCUACAUGUUCGUCCCCAACAUCCGCCGGAAGAGGAAGAAGCGGGUACCCCAGGCGCCUCCGGUGGCGAUGGACGAGACGGACCCGGGCGUGGACGGGGAGGAGAAGUACGUCCCGCCGCCCCGCCUCUGCUGCUGCUUCACUCCGCUGCUCCUGCCUUCGGCUCUGAGAAUGUCGAAGACGUUGAACUCCUCGAAGGACAAGAACGUGGACCCCAACUGUCGCCUGCAUGGAGCGUCAACCUCCAAUCAGGUGAUUGCGACGUUGCUCCAUCGCGUGAGGGAAGUGGGACAAGUUUGCACGCCGCGUUGUAUCCGGGGGGAGCAAGGAGCUGCGCGUGUUGACUCGACCGUGUUUGAGCACCCCGGUUUAUCUAUUGCCGAGCUGAUAAAUCCAGAUAACCGCGGGAUCAUGGAAUUCCUCAAGUUUUACGUUAAGGAUGCAAGACGGUCCGGGUCUCCCCGGGCAACUUUCACAUUCCAGGUGGUGGAAGAAGGUUGGGAGCUGGUGGAGGUGGAGAUCGAGAGGGGGAGGGGUGGGCUGGGGGUGUCGGUGGCGGGGGGCACGGACUCCCCGCAUUUCCCGCAGGACCCGAACAUCUACAUCACCAAAAUCAUUCCGAACGGGGCGGCCUUCCGGGACAAGCGCCUUCGGGUGAACGACGUCUUGCUGAGGGUGAACGACGUGGACCUGGUGGGCGUACCGCACGGCUUCGCGGUCGAGACUCUCAGGGUGGCUGGAAGUGUCCUCAAUCUGUUGGUGAAGCGGCGGAAGACUUUGCGACAGCUGAGUCCGGGGCAAUAUGAAGUGGAGUUGACGAAAGGAGAUCAGGGUCUCGGGUUCAGCAUCGCAGGGGGUAUGGGGAACCAACACAUUCCAGGGGAUGCUGGCAUCUUCGUCACCAAGGUUACCGAACUCUUUUUUUGCCUCGUCACCGAGGAGCACCACGAAUGGCUCUGUGGAUGCUCGCCUGCUUCGCGAGUGCCUCCCAAUCUCCAAUCUGGUCAUUCGCAGGUGAUGGAGGGAGGCGCGGCAGCGGCGGAGGGCACGCUCGAGGUCGGGGAUCGACUCGUCGCAGUGCGCAACGGCGCCGACGGAGAGGUCAGCCUGGAGAACGUGACGCACGAGGAGGCCGUGGCAGUCCUCAAGGGAUUGCGAGACGCGGUCGUCCUUGUCAUCGAGAAGCCCAAGCCCUCGAAUCACCAUAACCCCAUCGAUGACGAUGAUCGGGAAGAGGAUUACGGCCCUGUCCUUUUUUCUCCCAAGACGGAGGCAACCCCGAAUCAAUUACCGGACGACAGGCAGCCGGCGUCCAGCACCCAUUCUCCACCUCAACCCUCAAUGGAAUCCAGGAAAGUGGUAUUACAAAAAGGUCCAAAUGGCCUGGGUUUCAACAUUGUUGGAGGAGAAGAUGAUGAGGGAAUCUUCAUCUCAUAUUUGCUGACUGGUGGAGUGGCAGAAGCAUCUGGUGCCUUGAAGAUUGGUGAUCAGAUCAUUCGUCCACAAAAGGAUGAUGGCCUGCCAAGCCGUGGUCUCCCAUUUACGUUUGGGGAGAUCCUUCAUGUUACCAAUGCCUGCGAUGAUGAGUGGUGGCAGGCUAAACGUGUCCUCCCUUCUGGGUCCGAGGGAGAAUUGGGCAUUAUCCCAUCCAAACGGAGAUGGGAACGGAAGAUGCGUGCUCGAGAUAGGACAGUCAAGUUCCAGGGCAAAGCCUCUGGCUCCAUCUCAUUGCAGGGUUCAACUUCGAGCCUGGAUCGAAAGAAGCGCAUCACUUUCUCAAGGAAGUUCCCUUUUAUGAAGAGUAGAGAUGAGCGUGGCAUUGGAGAUGAGGAUUCUGACCUUGAAUCAACAACAGUGGCCUCUCGGAAUGGAGAGACAGGUAGCCUGAAAGGGGGAGAGGAGCGGAUCCUAUCCUAUGAGCCAGUGGAAAGGGUGGAGAUCUCCUUUUCUCGCCCAGUAGUCAUCCUUGGGCCACUAAAAGACCGCUUCAAUGAUGACCUCAUCUCGGAGUUCCCUGACAAGUUUGGCACCUGUGUCCCACGCAUGAAAUCUGGUGUCUGGGAAUGUCCUGAACAUCUCCACAACUCUGCUUGUGCUGCAGAUACGACACGUGCACGUCGAGAGUACGAGGUUGAUGGUCAGGAUUACUACUUUGUCCCAAGCCGGGAGGAGAUGGAGCGGGACAUACAGAACCAUUUAUUCAUUGAAGCUGGCCAGUACAAUGAGAAUCUAUAUGGGACAUCAGUCACUGCCGUCCGACGUGUUGCAGAGAAUGGCAAGCACUGCAUCCUCGACGUGAGCGCCAGUGCCAUUCGGAGAUUGCGCAUAGCUAAUCUUCAUCCCAUCGCAAUUCUUAUUCGACCAAGGAGUCAUGAACUCCUCAUGGAAUGGAACAAGAGAACAACAGAGGAACAGGCCAAGAAGCAAUAUGAGAGGGCACUCAAACUGGAACAUGAUUACUUGGAAUAUUUCUCUGCACUUGUACACGGGGAUACACCUGAAGAGGUAUACGAGAACGUGAAGCAUGUGAUAGACAUCAACAGUGACUCUGUGAUUUGGGCCCCCAAGGAAAAGGAUAAGGAAGUGUGGUCCUCAUGAGAUUAAUAUCAAUGUGCAAGACAUGACCCUAAUUAAGAGAGUGACUUGGUCUGACCUUACCCGACAUUCCUCGCCCGUAUCCAAAUUUGUCGGGAUUUUGUCUUCAACCUUGAGGAAAUUUCAGUAAAACUUUAGACAAAGAAACUUGGAUUUGUUUUUAUCUUUGUUAUUUGAAUACAGCCUUGGUUUGUUGA